UGAGAAAGAAAAACAAUAUAUACAAAAUAAAACAGAACCAUCUCCUCUCUCGACUUCUGUAUAGACACCCUUCCCCAUCAUGGGUUAAACCAGUCCCCCUCUCUCGAGUCCCUUCCUGUCCAGCUGCCCUCUGCCAUUGUCGGCGUUUUAUCACUACAAGUCAUAAAAUUUUGAGCAACAUAUAUUAAGUUACUGAAGUAUUGAUUAAUAUAUGUUCUGCAGAUAAAAGCCUCAUAAUAGUAAAAAAUAAAAAUAAAAAUCAAGAUAUCAAUUUUUUUUGGCUUUUCUGUCUACAAUGUCAAAUUUUCAUUUAUUAUGUCGACAGAGGUGGAUGAAGUAAUGUUACUAAAAAGAAACAGAACUUAAACAGUCGCUAUAGAGUCAUUUUUGCAAGCUCUUUUUUUACAUUCAUCAGAAUCAUAGCGGUUGUUUCAUCCACUAGGACCAUCUUCUAUAUAUAAUUGAAUUAUUGUCAAAUGCACAAAAGAUUUUUGUUGAAUGCUGUUUUCACAGAUUAUUUAAAUGUGCCCACACGUGACUACAGCUGGUCCUCUUUUAUGUCAUAGAUAUAGCUCCGAUUAUUACAUGAUAUCUCUUUAUUUCUAUGAUCAUUUUGGGCUAUUAUUGAUGUUAGAAGUAUACUAUUUUAACACUGACAGUUGUAUAGUUUUACAAAUUUUCCUCUUUCGGAAUAUCCAGAAAUGUAUUAAAAAAUAUACCAAAAUGAUAACAAAAUUCCAUAAUAUAUCAUUACAUAAUAUCUCUGUGUGACAAAAUACUCUUUUAACACAAAUUCCAUGAAAGCACCUCAAACUGCUGUGACACAAAUAUGACAACUAAGCGUGGUCCUUGAUUUAUGCCCCUUCUCUAAGUUUAUUUCACAUAUUUGCUUCUUCGCUUUGCUGUGACCUAUUAAUAUUAGGCACAAGCAAUCUCUAGUCACAAAGGGUCUUGCCAUUAUGUGGACUCUUCUUCGUUGUAUAGGGGAAGAAAGAGCCUUUCAGCUUUACAUUUGACUCUUCAAUAAGGAGAAGAAGAAGGUAGAAAUGGUUGAAUUCUAUAACUAAUGAAAUGUUCCGACUAGGGUUAGGAUGACAAAAGAGGCAAUGGUCAGAAUGGAAAGUUACAUGGUGUAAGAAGAGAGAGGAGAAAAAAAACUUAAAGAUCUGUUUUUCACCUCCAAAAUUUACAUGUAUAGGAUGAAUACUUUUGGCUUCUGUAGCCAGGGUUGGGUGUGCAGUUCACAGCACAAUUUGAAGAGUCAAAUCCACGAGUUUAUGCCCUUGAACGUCUGAAGGGAUAAAAUGUAUUUUAAUGAUAUUCUAAUGCACAUCACACCACGUGUGAAUACUGCACGAUGCAUUGUGAAGAAUAAGCAAUUGGCCAUUUGCUGGUACACUUUAUGGCAUUCCUUAAAAUUGAUGGCAUAAAACGGUGUAUCAGUAUGGAAUUUUUGGAAUUCAAACACUUCUUAUAAAUUAUUAGAGUUGUUUUCUUUAUAUAUAGAGCAAAAUUGCACUAUUGCAGGCAGACUCAAAAUUGCAGCAACAGUAGCGGCAACAAUGCGGCAAUCUAUCUCCAUAAUUUCGUUAUCUCUGAUUAUCUUAUUAGCAAUGAGCUUUGCUAGUACUGAACGUGUAAAUAAGUCAGAGGCAUCCACAGGACUGUUUUGGUCAACCGCAAAGGAGGAGGGAGAUCUCCUCAGGAAGGCACAAACCGAUGAUGAUUCGUCGUCUUUGUUGUUGGGUGACAACCAAGAGGAACACCAAUUGGACGGCGGCUUCUCUUCCCUCGAGGGAAUGCUACAGUGGGCUAUUGGGCAUUCAGAUCCAGCAAAGUUGAAGGAAGCAGCAGCAGAUGUCCAGCGCUUGUCUCCAGAAGAGCUGAAGGCACGCCAGAUGGGAAUAAAGGAACUAAUGGAGAAAUUAAAGAUGCCUUCAGAUGCACAAUUGAUGAAAACUGCAAUAGAUGACUUGAAUAAUUCGUCUCUGUCUCUUGAAGACCGACAUCGUGCCCUAGAGGAGCUCUUGAUACUUGUUGAGCCAGUAGAUAAUGCAAAUGAUUUGCACAAACUUGGAGGCCUCACUGCAGUCAUUGGAGAACUUGAUCAUCCUGACCCUGAAAUAAGGACUAUUUCGGCAUGGGUUCUUGGUAAAGCCAGUCAAAAUAACCCUGUUGUUCAGAAGCAGAUUUUGGAGCUUGGGCCACUGACAAAGCUAAUGGAGAUGGUAAAUUCUACAUUCACUGAAGAAGCCAUAAAAGCACUCUAUGCUCUUUCAGCCUUGAUCAUAAAUAAUCCCGAGGGACAAGAGUCGUUCUAUAGGGAAGCUGGACACUUGAUGCUUCAGAACAUUCUGAGCAACUCUAGCACAGAUAUCAGAUUACGGCGAAAAUCAGUGUUUCUUGUGGCCGAUCUGGUUGAAAAUCAAUUGGGUAGCAGUAACAAAGCGGUGCUGCCUUUUUUCAGCAACCAAUUGUUCUUAAAGUCUGUGGUUGAUCUAAUAGCAUCACCAGAUCUUGAUCUCCAGGAAAAGGCUCUAUAUGCAGUAAAAAGCCUAUUGCAGCUAAGGUCUACGGAGGCUCUUGUCUUCAAGGAAGUAUGUAAAUUGGAUGUGACAUUGGAGACAAUGAGGCAACAGUUGCAGCAAUUAAUGGUUGAUGAGAAUUUUAAAGAGUACGCAGUGGAUGUAGAAAGUCUUAGAAGAGAAGUGGAGCUGAUUUUCUUGGGAAAGCUCGAUAAGGUGGAUACGCAAGUUCCAACAUGAUUAAGGACUCGUCCCUCCAGUUUUGGUAAUCCUUGUCUGCUCUCUGCCUCGUCUCCGAUUCUCACAAGUUAUCUGUGUCGAUCUUUGUAGUGGCUUUGAGUUGGAUUUUUGUUUUACUUGGGUGAAAAUGUAUACCCCCUUUACUUCUUUGAGGAUAGGCAUAACUAUAUUAAUAGAUAUAUAGGGUAGGGUCUGAGAACUGGCUAAGAGACUUUGAACAUAAUUAUGUUUACAUGUUUUGCUUGUUAAUGGGGCAGUUAUUGUUGAACUGUAGUACUUCUGUGAAUCGUUUUUAGUAUUGCUACAGAAAUAGGUACAUUUAUAACGAAGGGAACAUUAGUCUGAACAUUGUAUUUAUCUUUUACAUCUGAAAAAUCAGCCUUUUCAAAUUUUCUU